AUGUCGAGUGAUGAGACCACAUCCCCAUUAGGCGUGGCCAAUGAAGAAUCCAGCUGGCAGUCAUAUAAGAAAAAGGUUGUAUUCCUGCAAAAACAAUUGUCUGUCCUAAAUAUUUCGUUGACAACUAGGUAUUUGGCUGAAAUGGAUGAGUCGGACAUUUCGGUUCGACUUGGUUACGUCGAUGGAUUGCAUAAUCAUUUCGAAGAGGCCCAGUCUACGAUUAUAUGUUGUGACGUAAGUGAUUCUGAUGCUGAAAUAGCUUCGAGUUUUGUUAACCUGUAUUUCGAGGUUAAAGCUAAGCUUUCUAGGGAACUGAGCAAUAAAAGAAAGCGACCAGCCGUAUCACAUUCAUCCACCAUGCGUCAAUAUUCUUUGGACGAAACCAUGCCACAGCGCAAAUUACGUUUGCCCGAAUUGAAGAUUCCGCAUUUUAGUGGAUCAUAUACUGACUGGCCAGGGUUUAUAGCGAUGUUUAACACCAUAAUUGACAACGAUCCGGAUCUAAGCAAAAUUGAGAAAUUUCAACAUCUUCGUGUGAGUGUUACCGGUGCCGCACUGGAUACAAUUUCUUCCUUAGAUCCAACUGAGGAAAACUACGAUAAGGCCCUCGAUCUCCUGCGAAAUAGAUUCGACAACAAACUUCUAAAUUUCCAAGCUCAUAUAAGGGAGAUUUUUGGAAUGAAGUGCGUGGAUAAAGGAUCGGCGUCAAGCCUACGACAAUUGAGCGAUAAACUAAAUUCCCAUAUGCGAGCUCUGCAAUCAAUAUGCAAGCAGGAUGAAAUAGCCGACGGCUUUUUGGUGUACUUAGUAACAUCAAAAUUGGACUCGAAGUCCCAGGCGAAAUGGGAGGAGGAGCUUCCAAGUAAUAAAUUGCCAACAUGGUUAUCAUUAUCUACGUUUUUGGAACGCAGGUGCAGAAUGCUCGAAAAUUUAGAAAACGCAAUGGGCGUAAGCAGCAAUAAGGUGAGCAAAAAGUGGAGUUCUUCUGGUCGUAGUGCGCUUGUUGCUUCUACAUCAUCAACUCCAUUGUGUUCGUUUUGUGAUUCCCAAGACCAUUAUAUAAGCAGUUGUCCAGGGUUUCAGAAUUUGUCGCCAUCAAUCAGAUUCAAGGAAGCUAAGAAACUACAGCUAUGUUUAAAUUGCCUUAAGAAGGGUCAUAUGCUGAGGAAGUGUAGGGCUUCUCGUUGUCGAAUCUGCUCAUCGAAGCAUCAUUCCAUGCUGCAUAUAGAGAAUAUGAACAGUGACAUGGCGGCUCACAUAUCACCCCAACAAGCUGAUCUGAAUACUAAUAAUUCACAAUCGGUUCUUGUGGCUUCGUCGAAAACGGACUCUGUAGAUGCACAUUCGAGUACAAACGUUUUGUUAGCGACGGCAAUUGUGUUAAUCAAAGGUCAUCUUGGUGAAUUUGUACCAUAUCGUGCACUAUUGGAUUCUGCAUCUCAAUUGAAUUUUAUUACCCGUCGAGCAUCAAAUCAAUUGCAUUUAAAGGUAAAUGAUUCAUCAUUCAUUGUAUCAGGUAUUGGUAAUGGUAAUUUUGUUGCUGAUAAAUCAGUCGACCUAACUAUCCAGUCUCAUUUUGGAAAUUAUACCACAUCGUUCGUUGCAGUUGUCGUACCUACCAUCACCGAUUACCAACCCAUCACAACCCCUCCAAUUAAUAAGUCGAUAAUUCCGCCGAAUAUAAAACUAGCCGACCCGAAUUUUGAUAGCCAUGGUCGAAUCGACAUACUAAUAGGAGCUGGCAUAUUUUUUGAUUUAUUGUCUGUCGGACAAAUUCGAUUAAGCGACAAUUCUCCCAUAUUCCAAAAAACUGUAUUGGGUUGGGUCGCAUCAGGAGGAAUUUCUAACCCGUCAAGGGCAUGCUCUUUGACUGCAGCAUGUAAAUGUGUCGAUAGUGACAAUUUAACUAAGGUCAUGCAGAGCUUCUGGCAGAUAGAAAAUAAUUUCGUGGACAUCAAACCAAAUAUAGAGGAUGAUAUUUGUGAACAACAUUUUAAGAAAAAUACCAUUCGUCUUGAUUCGGGUGAAUAUUCCGUACGACUGCCCAAAAAGGAAAAUUGCCGUGAUCUCGGGAGCUCAUAUGAUCAAGCCCUUCGACGCUUUUUGGUUCUUGAAAAGAAGCUUAGCAAACAAGUUGAGUUAAAACAAAUGUACGUGCAGUUUAUGAAAGAGUACUCAACUUUAAAUCAUAUGUCGCCAGUCCCAUCUCUGCCAAAUAACACUCCAACAUUCUUUUUACCUCAUCAUUGCAUACGUAAAGAAGACAGCACAACAACAAAGCUGCGUGUUGUGUUUGACGGUUCGGCAAAAACAACAUCAGGUUUAUCAUUGAAUGAUACACUCUACGCUGGCCCAACAAUUCAACCAAAACUUUUUGAGACUUUACUUCGGUUUCGAUUUUUUAAAGUCGCUCUAAGUGGUGAUAUUUGCAAGAUGUACCGUUGUGUACGAGUGUCUAAUCCCGACAAUUACCUCCAAUGUGUGCUCUGGAGAAAUGAUCCAUCUGAAGAUAUAAAAGUGUACAAAUUGGACACAGUUACUUAUGGCACUAAACCAGCAGCGUUCCUGGCAAUUAGAUCAAUGCAUCAACUUUCGCAUGAUGAAGAAACUUCAUACCCAUUGGGAGCUAAAAUUGUAAGGCGCGAUUUUUACGUUGAUGAUCUAAUUACUGGAGGUAACACUAUUGAAGAAGUUCUGGAUAUUAGACAACAAGUCAGUGAUUUGUUGAAAAGGGGUAAUUUUGAAAUACGGAAAUGGUGCUCAAAUUAUUUGGAUGUAUUGACGGGAGUGCCACUAGCCGAUUGUGAGCAGUUUUUAAAAUUUCAUGAUGGUACCGAUAUCACCAAAACCUUAGGCUUAAUGUGGGAUCCAAAAGCUGAUAAUUUAAUUUUUACGUUCAAGCCUACUCAGGAAUCAUGCACUGUAACCAAACGAACGGUGUUAUCGUGUAUCGCAAGGCUUUAUGACCCAUUGGGUUUAAUAGGUCCGAUAAUAUCAAAAGCAAAGGUUAUAAUGCAAUGCUUAUGGCAGAGGAAUCUACAAUGGGAUGAAAGUUUGCCACAAGAUUUACACACUGUAUGGUCAAGAUUUGUUUCACAAUUUUCAAAACUGCAUAAAUUUGUAUUUCCUCGUUUCGUUUCGGUAUCAAAUUCCACUAUACAAAUUCAUGCAUUUUGCGAUGCUAGCCUGUCUGCUUACGGUGCAUGCGUGUAUGCUCGAUCAGAAUACAAUGGCGAAGUUACCACUCAUCUGCUAUGUUCGAAAUCUAGAGUGGCACCAUUGAAGGCGUUGACUGUGCCAAAGUUAGAAUUGUCUGCUGCGUUGCUGCUGGCAGAGUUAUUGGAAAGUGUCUCAAAGGUCUUGUCGAACGAUAUGGAAUAUCAUUGCUGGUCGGAUUCAAUGGUGGUUCUGUCGUGGAUUCGUCAACAUCCAUCGAAAUUUAAUAUUUUCGUCUCGAAUCGGGCAUGUCACAUGGAAUUAGUGCAAGAUUUAUCAACACCUUCGUUUUUGGCUGCUCUAAAGCGUUUUAUAUGUAUACGUGGAAAACCCCAAACCAUUUGGUCAGAUAACGCGACCAAUUUCGUUGGCGCUAAAAAUGAGUUAUCUGAAUUGAAACACAUUUUCUUCAAUCAAGACAACAUGGACGCAAUUUUUAAGCAAUGUUUGGAUGAUGGAAUAGAUUGGAAAUUCAUUCCCCCAAGAUCCCCACACUUUGGGGGACUCUGGGAGGCUGCAGUGAAGGCAGCUAAAUAUCAUUUCUAUCGAGUAGCUGGUCUUUCAUUGUUGUCCUUUGAAGAGCUGAGAACUUUAGUUUGCCAAAUUGCUGCCAUUUUAAAUUCUCGUCCGCUGUGCCCCUUAACUGAAAAUCCAGAUGAUCUCGAAAUAUUGACUCCGGGUCAUUUUCUCGUUGGCGCGCCAUUGGUAGCUAUUAUGGAACCUGAUGUUACCGAGCUGAAUAUAAAUACUUUAAAUAGAUGGCAGCGAUUACAGGAGCGCAACAAAUGGCGAAUGCAUUCAGCGAGUGUGAAAGAAGGUCAAAUGGUUUUGCUAAAAGAUGAAAAUUUGCCACCUCAGAAAUGGCAGCUAGGUCGUGUUCUGGAAACAAUACGCGGAAAGGAUGAUGUGGUUCGUGUUGCUAUCAUCAAAACCAGUAGUGGAACAUGUCGACGAGCUGUAACUAAGCUAGCUGUAUUGGCUAUUGAAGAUGAUUCUGUUGAAAGUUUAAAACUUCCAACGGGGGGAGGAUGUACGGUGAAUAAGCAGUCGGUGUAUGCCAACACAAAAUAA